AUGAAUAAUAAAGAUAAUGUUAUUAAUAAGGAUAUCAAUAUAAAUAUGAACCUUAAGAAUGAAGAUAAAAAAAAGUACAACCAUGAUAAAGGCUCAUUCAGGAUUGGAGAUAAAAUAAUGAUUAAGAAGAACGGAAAAAAAUUAAAAGAAGAGAAAGGUAUAUAUAAAUCUAUAUAUGAAAUAAAUAAUAACGAUAUAGAUGCUCAUUUCUUUUUUAACCUAGAAUCAAUUCCAUGGACAUCAUCUUUUUUUCAUUUGAAAGAAAAAGAUCUGUCCUUAUUUGGUAAAGAAUUAAAAAAGAAAAAUAUUUUUAAAAGAUGUUUUCAAAGAAUACAUAAAAAUAGAAGAAGAAGAUGUAUGUCCUAUAACCCAUAUAGGGUUCCAUUGAUUUGUAAAAAAACAGCAUUAGAUGAAAUGUUAAUAUCUGAACCCAAAAUAAAAAAAAAGAAAAAAAACAAAAAACAAAAAAAAAAACCAAAUCUUAUGUCCUAUGGUUAUUUUUAUAAAAAGUUUAUUAUGAGAAGUAAAAAAAAAAAUUGGCUUGAAACACAUAUGUAUCAUUCUAAAAGAUUUAAAAUGAUUAGUAUUUAUGGAUAUAAACUAGCUUUAAAAAAUUAUUCAAAAAUUAGUAGAAGAAUAUUUAGAUUUAGUAAAAGGAAAUCAUUAAUACAUGAUAUGUCUUAUGUCGAAAUAAUUCAAUUAUCAGGUAAUGAAAAUAAUUUAAUAAAUACAUUAAAAAAAUAUACAAAUAUUGAACAGUCUAAUAUGUUAACUAGUAAGUUUAUGCAGGGUAUACUUCUAGGAAAAUUCUUUAUUUAUAAGAAUGAAAAUGAGAAUAAUAUUAAUACUAACCAUAUUAAUAAUAAAAAUGAUAAUCACCCUCAUUCUGAUGAUGAUUUUUUCAACUCUAAACGGCAACUCAUUUGCCCUGCUUAUUUUUUAUGGCGUUCCAAAUUAAAUGAAAAUGAUAAAGUCAAACAAACCAAAAAAAACCAACACAAAGAUAUAAAAUAUUACAAUAAAGAGGAUAAUAUAAAAAAUAUAAAUAAUAUGAACAAUAUGAAUAAUAUGAAUAAUAUGAAUAAUAUAAAUAAUUUUAAUAAUGUAAGUAUGGUAAAUAAUGUGGAUAGUGUUCAUCAUAAAAAUGAUAUAAAAGGUGUAGAUAAAAAUUAUGUUGUAACGGAAGUUCAAGACAAUUAUAAAAAUGACCAUACAAAUGAUAAAAUAGAUUAUGCUAAUAUCGGGUUAAACAAAGAAGAAAACAAAAAAAAGGAUACAUUAAAAGAUGAUAUAAUUAGAGAUAUAUGGAUAUUUAUUCAUCCAAGCUGUUUUAAAGAUGUUAUAGAAAAUUUUAAAAAUAUAAAUUCUUCUGUUCAUAUAAAACAUAUAAAAGAUAUUUGUAUGUACGAACUAAUUGGACCGAAAAGUUUUGAUCUGUUAAUAAAUAUUUUAAAAGUAAAAACAAAAUAUCUUCAUCAAGAGAAGCAUGAUAGAUAUCAUUUUAAUUAUGAAAAUGUAACCAUUCCUUAUGAUUUUGUAAUACCACUAUAUGCUGUAUUACCACAAUCUAUAGGGCCAUUUUUAUUAAAUUAUAAAGUUAAUGAAAAGGAUAUACAAAAGAAUUAUAAGGAUAAAUAUUCAUGUAAACAGAGGGAUAUAAAUAGGAAUAGAAGAAAAUAUAUACAAAAAAGUAACAACAAUAAAAAUGAUAUUCAUAAUAAUAAUUGUUCAGAUCAUAUUAAUGUUAUAAAAAAAAAAAAAUCACGAAAAUUUUUUGAGAAUUCAUUUGAUUAUCUACAAGAAAAAAACGGAAACAGAAUCUUACGAGAAAAAGACUUUUCUCCUUUUGAUAAUAACAUUCUUAUGAAUGAAAGGAUUAAACAAAAUGUAAUUAAACGUAUAAAGGUUAAUAAAUAUGAACAUGUCAGGAGUAGUAAGAAAAAAAAAGUUAAAUUGUCUAUACUAAAAAUGAUGCAACAUAAUAAAAAUAUUGAUACAUACGAAGCUAUAAAGGAAAAAAGAAAAUGCAUAAAUAAAAUGAAAGACAUAAAUAAUAAUAAUAUUAAUAAUAAUGAUAAUAUUAAUAAUAUUAAUAAUAAUGAUAAUAUUAAUAAUAAUAAUGAUAAUUUCAAAAAAUCUGAACCUUUAAAAGAUCAUAGUGAGUUAUACAAAAAUAAAAUGAACAAGGAAAAAAAUAAAAUGUCAGAAAAAUAUACUGACCUAUAUGAAACAAUGAAAAAUGAAAAUUUAAAUAUAGUUUAUGAUAAAAAAACAAUAGAAAAUUAUUUAAAAGAUUAUUUAGAAGAUAAUCAUACAAAUAAGCCAAAAAAUAAUAAAAAAUUUGAGUCUAAUAUUAUUUCUUCUGAGUUAAAGAAAACAAAAGAAAACAUUUCAAAUAAUUGUAAAAAGUAUACUAAAAUACCCAUAUUAAUUAUUAAUAAAACGAAUGAUAAAAAUCAAAGAUAUUUUAUUGUAUGUCCAGCCAAAAAAAAAUGUUCCACUCUGUUCUAUUUAUUAAUACGUAAUGGAUCUAUAGCUAUAGGUUUAAAAGAAAGAGAAAAAAUAUUAAAAUGUUAUAAUUUUUUAACUUAUCCUAAAGAUUUCCCAGAUACAUCUGGAGGUAUUUCAUAUAAUAAAUUAAGAGAAUGUAUAUCUACAAAUUCAUAUUUUAAAAAACCAAUAAAUAAAAGAGUUAAUUAUUAUUGUAUAGGUAUUAAUAAUCCUUUUAAUUAUUCUUGGAUAUGUAUAUAUCCUUAUAAUAAUAAUAUUAAAAUUAUAAGACAAUCAGAUCCAUAUAAUCAAUUCAUGAUAAAAACAUUUAUACAAGGAUUUCUAUCCAUAUCUUUAAAACGUAUCUCACAAAUAAAUACAUUCAAAGAUUUUGAUAUUUUCAUAGAACAAUUUAAAUCUAAAUUUUUUAUUUUCUCCACAUAUUUUAUAUCUGUUUAUGUUCAAUCAUAUAAAAAAAGUACGCCUAAGAGGUUAACUCAUAUAUGUUCAUUGACAUUGAAGCAAGUCAUCAAAUUUUUUAUAAAACAUGCUGAUACCAAAAAAUUACUUGAGUGGGUCAAACACAAACGAAUUAAUAACAAACACAAGAAAAACGAAGACAUCGAACAAAUUAAAGAAUCCAUAAUUCAUAAAUAUAAAAAUAAAAUAAUGAAAAAGAAUAAAAUUAGAAAUUUACAAAAAUUACCAACACACAAAUCAAUAGAAGAAAAUAAAAAAUCUAAUGAUAUUCAAAAAAAUGAAGCAGAAAUUAUUUUAUCAUCUAAGCAAAUAAUUGGAUAUGUCUCAAGUGGCGGACAUGUAUUAUCUAAAGGAUAUGGAUAUGGAGUAGCCCAUAUAUCCUUUUAUCUAUUUUUAUAUAAUUUGUUAAAUCAUCUAUUUGCUUUAAAACUAUUAACACAAGAUGAAAUAAAUAUAAAUGUAAAUGGAAAGGAGUUUGUAUUUUUGGGUUUGAUGAGAAAUGUUAAUUCGGCUUAUUACCACCAUGUAUGGAUUAAUUUAGUAACUGAAGAUAUGUAUCUACCCUUUUAA